AUGGCAUGCCAUCCCGCACAUCUCAUCGAGCCAGUGAUUGGCCCCGAGAGCGGCCAGCGUGCGCCCUUCUUCUCGCCCUCCACGUUCCGCGCCGCAUAUCUCUCCCCCCACUUCCCCUCCCUCUCCCCCCACCCUUCCCCCCCCCAGGGCCGCGCGGCGCUGAGCGGGUUCACGCGGCUGUCCAAGGGGCUGGCGGCGGUGCUGCUGAUGGGCUACGUCGUGUCGCUGCUGCCCUCCGCGCACACCGCCUUCGCGCUGCUGCCCGGCAGGCAAGUGCCGCCCGCACAGGCAAGUGCCGCCCGCACAGGCAAGCUGCACGGCCCCUCAUGCCAUACGCGUGCAAGCUCUCACCAGGCUUCCCCCCUCCCCCAACCGUCACCACCUCCGUCACUCGCUGUCAUGCUCAGUUCGUCACCCCCCCACUCCCCCCCCCUAGUGCUGGACGUGGUGGCUUUGCUGUUCCUGGGGCGGGUGCUGGAGCCGGUGUGGGGGUCGCGCGAGUUCCUGCGCUUCGUGCUGAUCGUGAGCACGCUGACCACCGUGUGCACCUUCAUCGCCAUGGUCACCGCCUACUACUUCACCUUCCAGGGCUACUUCCUGUACGAGCCGAUCUCAGGGUUCCACGGGGUGGUGGCGGGGCUGCUGGUGGGCGUCAAGCAGCUCAUGCCCGAACAGGACAUCACCGUCGCCUACGUCCUCAAGUUCCGCGCCAAGUGGCUGCCAUCCCUCUUCGUGCUGCUGACGGUGGUGCUGUGUUUCUGCAUCGGCCACUACCGCCAGCUGCUGCCCUUCAUCCUAUUCGGCACGUACACCAGCUGGGCGUAUCUGCGUUUCUUCCAGCCCAAGGGCGACAGCGGCCUCAAGGGCGACCCCACCGACGACUUUGCCUUUGAGAACUUCUUCCCAGAGGCGCUCAGACCGGUGGUGGGCACUGUAGCAACCAUUCUCGGGCGGCUGCUGUGCGGGCGGCGGGUGGAUCGGGCUGCGGUGGUGGAUGAGGACGAGCUGCUGGCGGCCGGCAAGCCGCUGCCCGGCUCCGACCCCGUUGAGGCCUCCCGGCGCAGGGGCAGGUGGGGUCAGGGGCAGGUGCGGUCAGGGGCAGGUGCGGUCAGGGGCAGGUGCGGUCAGGGGCAGGUGGGGUCAGGGGCAGGUGGGCUUUCCUCUGUCUCGCUGCUCGUUCUCUUCUCUACCUCACCCUCCGUUCCUACCACGUACUUUGAGAAAAGGUUGAGUGAAGACCGAUAUGAGCUGCCGGUGUUUGUUGGAGACCCUGCCUCAAUCCUGACUCCUACUUCCAUCUUUGUCCGCUGGUCCCCCCCUCCUGUCACGCACAGGGAGAGGGGAGCAAGGGCGCUGGAGGAGAGACUGGCCAAGGCAGCAGAGGCGGCAGCUGCAGGGGCUGCGGGUGCCGGGGGCUCUGCUGCUAGCGGCGCCGCUGCUGCUGGUGCCCCCUCUGCUGUUACAACGGGUGCUUCCCUCGGGCCGACUGAGCGCAGUGCCUCCAGUGGCAACCUGGCGGACAAGGUGUGA